GUGUAGGAAAAAUGUUUUAGGUAAUUACUUUAGGUCAUAAAACAUGUCUAGGUUGGUCUUCUAAGCAUUAAGUUGUCCUGAACUCAAGACUAUUUUCUCCUCUUUUCCAGCCUUGAAUUAGGUUUUUUAUUUCACGUUAUACAAAUGUAGAUUAACUUUCAGUGUCUGGUUCUCCUUGCUAUAACUUUAUAGCAAAAUCGACUUAAAGUAUUUCUGACAUUUUCUAAACCUAAAGCAUAACUGGUUUUUGGACAGUAGGUACCUAAUAACCAUUCCUUUUAGGCCUUGUCCAGAAGCCAACAAACAUACUACUAACUCCUAGAGUGCAUCCUGGUCCGUCCUCUUCUCAACCCCAGUGCUAUCUGCCUGAUCUCUCUUCCUGUGUAUAUUCAAGGAGGGAGGGCAAAGACACACAUCUGGCUUAGUACAAAUGUGUUUCGUGUUGCAGACACUGGUGACCUUCAAGGAUGUAGUUGUAAACUUCACCAGGGAGGAGUGGCAGCUCUUGGACACAGCUCAGCAGAUCCUGUACAAAGAUGUGACUCUGGAGAACUAUAAGAAUCUGCUUUCAUUGGGACAUCAACUCCCCAAGCCAGAUGUGAUCCUCCACUUGGAGAAAGGGGAAGAGCCGUGGCUGGUGGAGAGAGGGGUUCGCCGCCACACCCACCCAGAUUGGGAUACUGCAGUUGAAAUUAAAUCGUCAAUUUCUAGUAAGAGCAUUUCUACAGAUAAAAAAUUCUAUGACAUUAAAAUGGAAGGAAUGACAAAGAACGAUCUCUGGUAUUUGUCGUUAGAAGAAGUCUGGCAAUGUGAAGACCAGUUUGAUAAGUAUCAGGAAAAGCAGGAGAGACACUUGAGGCAAGUGGCAUUCACCCAAAAGAAAGUACUUACUCAGGAGAGAGUCAGUGAAAGUGGUCAAUAUGGGGCAAACUGUCUUCUUCCUGCUCAGCUAGUACUGAGAGAGUAUUUCCAUAAACAUGACUCACGUACUAAAAGUUUAAAACAUGAUUUAGUUUUUAGUGGUCAUCAGGAAAGCUAUGCAAAUAACAGUGAUGAAUGUGGCCAAAACUUCUGUCAGAACAUUCACCUUAUUCAAUUAGCAAGGACUCAAACAGGAGAUAAACCCUACAAAUGCCCUGAUGAUAACUCUCUCACUCAUGGCACAUCCUUUGGUAUAUCAAAGGCUAUACACAGAGAAAAACCCUAUCAGUGUAAGGAAUGUGGGAAGUUCUUCAGCUGGCGCUCUAAUCUUACCAGGCACCGGCUUAUUCAUACCGGAGAAAAACCCUAUGAGUGUAAAGAAUGUGGAAAAUCUUUCAGCCGGAGUUCUCACCUCAUUGGCCAUCAAAAGACUCACACUGGUGAGGAACCCUAUGAAUGUAAAGAAUGUGGGAAAUCAUUCAGCUGGUUCUCUCACCUGGUUACCCAUCAGAGAACUCAUACAGGAGACAAACUCUACACGUGUAAUCAGUGUGGGAAAUCUUUUGUUCAUAGCUCUAGGCUUAUUAGGCACCAAAGAACUCAUACUGGAGAGAAACCUUACGAAUGUCCUGAAUGUGGGAAAUCUUUCAGACAGAGCACACAUCUCAUUCUGCAUCAGAGAACUCAUGUUCGAGUGAGGCCCUAUGAAUGUAAUGAAUGUGGGAAGUCUUACAGCCAGAGAUCUCACCUUGUUGUGCAUCAUAGAACUCACACUGGACUGAAACCCUUUGAGUGUAAAGAUUGUGGGAAAUGCUUCAGUCGAAGCUCUCACCUUUUCUCACAUCAGAGAACCCACACUGGAGAGAAACCAUACGAAUGCCAUGAUUGUGGAAAAUCCUUCAGCCAGAGUUCUGCCCUCAUUGUGCAUCAGAGAAUCCACACUGGAGAGAAACCAUACGAAUGUUGUCAAUGUGGGAAAGCCUUUAUCAGGAAGAAUGACCUUAUUAAGCAUCAGAGAAUUCAUAUUGGAGAAGAGACCUAUAAAUGUAACCGGUGUGGAAUUACCUUCAGCCCGAACUCUCCAUUUAUAGUACAUCAAAUAGCUCACACUGGAGAGCAGUUCUUAGCAUGUAAGCAGUGUGGGACAGCACUUGUUGAUAGCCCUAGCCUUGCUAGGUACCAGACAGACCAUACUAGAGAAAACACUUAUUAAUGUGAAUGUGGGAAGCUUUUCACAAAGAAAAAUAGAACUGGAGAGAAGCCGUACAGAUGUAAUCUCUGAGGAAAUGCUUUGUCUUAUUCCUAUCCUUUUUUUGUACUAGAGAAUUGGUCCUGGAGGGGAGAAACCCACAGAUUUCACUUUAGUACAGAAAUACAUCAGAUUUCCUUCUUUCCACAAACUUCUACAAAAGCAGUUGGCAUGGGAGCAUUCUUGACCAAGCCUUAAGUGCUAAAAUCUGAAACGGAACCACCAAGUAGGUGAGUUGUUGAGAGAUGAUCCAGCUUUUUAUCUUCAAAAAAUAAGUAAAUGAUAAUGCUACUUCAAAAAGAUAAAUGAGAGCCGUUCUGAGUAGAAUAGAAAAGUGAUGCAGUUAUUGUAACAAAAGAUAGAAAGUAACAUUCUAUUGAAUUAACAUGCCAUUUUUUACUUGCUUGUUCCUCUCUUCUUGGACACUUGAUAGUGUUAGGUCUGUUUUAUGUGUCUGAUAUAACCACAUUUUGUUUAGCAGGGAGAAUGCAUAUAAUGGAAAACAAUAACACGUUUACUGUUAGUACCCAUUAAAAAUAUAUUUGCAUGUGGGCAAGAACUGAAAAAGUAUUGAUGGAUAAAUGAACAGAAUUGAUUUGUUAGAUAAUGAGAUUACGAGUGAGUUUUAUAGCUUAUUCAGUGUAACUAAUAAUUUUUUUAAAGACAGUUUUAAAUAUUUAAAGAGGAUAUCUAGUUUCUCUAUUUCGCCAUCAAGGAAGCUUGAGAACCACCUACUAGCAAACUUUCUGAUUAAUUCUAAGUUGUUUUGGGUCAUAGAGUUAUACUCUUUGAGACAGGGUGCUAAAGUCUCCUGGGAAUUUGAAAACAGUGAUUCUCUGGACGUUGGGGUCCAGAGGAACUUUGGCUGUUUGAACACACCAGGGAGGGCUCCAUUUGAGUGGGAAUAGGUACCUGGGAAAUACCUGAGUUAGUGUGCUCAUGAAAUAAACAGCCCUACCCAAAGGUACUCUCCUUCCAAAGUAGUUCUCAUCUUUAUAAAGAAGACGUAGUGGUUAAGAGCAUAAACCUGAGCUAGACCACCCAAGUUGAAAUCCCACCUCUGUCCUAAACUUGAUGGGUGAACUUGAGUGUGCUACCUAGCUUCUCUGUGCAUAACUUAUAGAUAUCCUCCUCUGUAAAUUAGGGAUAUUACUAACUCUGUAGGAUUGUGAUGAGAACUAAAUGAGUAAACAUAUGAACAGCUUAGAAUAGUGUUUGACAUCUUGAGUGCUUUAAAAUUAUUAGCUAUGGUUAUUAAUAUUACUGCUUCACCCUAGUGUCUGUUAUUUAAUUUAAUCCUUAUUGAGUGCUAAUAACUCCUUGAAUUCUCAAUUCCCUUCCAGCCAUAUAUAUUUGUCUCUUUUACAUUAGAAUUUAUCAGCCUGAGGAUAUCACUGACCCAUAGCGGGUGUAUGAAUUCAUUUUUGAGGAUCCAUAAACAAGUUUUAAUAUUGUAUGCAAAGUUAUUGGUUUUGUAUAAAGGUUUUUUCUUCUGGGAAGAGGAUCCUAAUUUUCAGAUUCUCUGAUAAGUUCAUGACCCUAAGAAGAUUUACAAAGAGAAUCUGUUUUAAUUCUCUGAUUCAUUCUGUAAAUGGUUCUGCUGUGUGUAGGGACGGACCAUUACUUGCCAUUUUCUAGCAAACAAUAUAUAUAUGAAAUGCUCAGUGAUUGUUGAGUGACAAAUGUUGUUUAGACCAACAGGACAAAGAUCUUUAUGUCUCUCCCAGGAAAAAAAAUCUAGAAAUGAUUGUUAGGAUUGUGAGACUUUAGAUACCACAAGGAAUGUGAGACUAUCCAACUCGUACUCUUCAUUUUACAUUUGAGACACUGUGAUUGGCUCAGGGCUCGUGUUGUGAGUGAAUCAGUCCCAGAACAAGCCCACAGGUCCAGCCAUUACUGCUGCUGUCCUCAGUGCUUACAUGCCAUUCACAUGUAACAUGCCCUAUCAGAACUAGUCUUCAUUGUCAGCAGGGUUCUUCAGGGGAGUGGAAGAGCAGUCUAUUAACUGGGCCCCUAGACUUUCUAAUAGCCUCUGGCUCAGUGUUACUCAGCUGUGUAAUGGAGGUACUACUACUAUUCCUACCUCAGAGGUCUCUGUGGAUCAGCAAGAUAACGUGUAAAAUGUGCUUAAAACAGUGCCUGGCACAUAGUACUGUAUGUGUCACCUAUUAAUAAUAACAUUACUAUUGUUAACAGCCUACGGAAUGUGGGAAGAGAUAUAUAUGUCUGUGGAUGAUCACUGAAACGUUACCUAUGAUGGUGCAAAAUUUGCAAUAUAAAAAUGUAUAAUAGCAAGAUGGUUAUUUAUAGAAUAUCCAAGUAAUAUGCAGACAUUAAAAUUACGCAAACAAAAUUUGGUAACCUAGGAAAAAUGUUGAUGGCUGUCAUGUGUUAUGAAAAAGCAUGAUAAAUGUCAAUAUAGAAUAAGCUCAAAUAUGUAAAAAUAAAUGAAUUGUGAAAAAUGAA